UUCCUCUCCCACCUCCUCCCAAUCUUCCCCCAAACCUUACUGCACCAACCCAUCCCUCUCUCCUUCUCUCCCUCUCUCCCUCUCUCUCAACCAGAAAUUCAAUGGCGGUUUCUGUCUCAUUCUCCAAUCUUAUCUGCCCCCAUGCCUCCCCUUCUCCUUCUUCUCCUUCUUCAAACACUAAAUUUCUUACUCUUACUCUAAACCCCAGAUUCACUCAUACCCACUUAUCCUCCUCCUUCCUUCCCUCUUUCACUACUUCUUCCUCCAGAAUUUCCCCCAUACUCCUCCGCCGUUCUUUAACUGUCCGCGCCGCUCGCGGCAAGUUCGAGCGCAAAAAGCCUCACGUCAACAUCGGUACCAUUGGCCAUGUCGACCAUGGUAAGACCACUCUCACCGCCGCUCUCACCAUGGCCCUUGCCUCCAUGGGUAACAGCGCCCCAAAAAAAUAUGACGAAAUCGAUGCUGCCCCGGAGGAGCGUGCCCGUGGUAUUACCAUUAAUACCGCCACCGUGGAAUACGAGACUGAGAGCCGCCACUACGCCCACGUCGACUGUCCCGGUCACGCUGAUUACGUCAAGAACAUGAUCACUGGUGCUGCUCAGAUGGACGGUGCUAUUCUCGUCGUCUCCGGCGCCGAUGGACCCAUGCCUCAGACCAAGGAGCACAUCUUGCUCGCCAAGCAAGUGGGUGUCCCUAACAUGGUCGUUUUUUUGAACAAGCAGGACCAGGUCGACGAUGAGGAGCUCUUGCAGCUGGUGGAGUUGGAGGUGCGUGAGUUACUAUCUUCUUAUGAAUUCCCUGGGGAUGAUGUGCCUAUUGUUUCUGGUUCUGCUUUGUUAGCUUUGGAGGCCUUAAUGGCUAAUCCUAACAUUAAGAAGGGUGAGAAUAUAUGGGUAGACAAGAUUUAUGAACUUAUGGAACAAGUAGAUAGUUACAUUCCCAUCCCACAAAGACAGACUGAUCUUCCCUUUUUGUUAGCCGUUGAGGAUGUUUUCUCAAUCACUGGGCGCGGUACAGUGGCUACUGGGCGUGUUGAGAGAGGUACAAUUAAGGUUGGGGAUACAGUGGAUCUUGUUGGAUUGAGGGAAACUAGGAAUACCACUGUUACUGGAGUGGAAAUGUUUCAGAAGAUUCUUGAUGAGGCUAUGGCUGGGGAUAAUGUUGGAUUGUUGCUUAGGGGUAUCCAGAAGGCUGAUAUCCAGAGAGGGAUGGUUUUGGCUAAGCCAGGAACCAUUACCCCACAUACUAAAUUUGUUGCAAUUGUGUAUGUAUUGAAGAAGGAGGAGGGUGGAAGGCAUUCGCCAUUUUUCGCUGGAUACAGGCCACAAUUUUACAUGAGGACUACUGAUGUCACCGGCAAGGUUACUUCCAUUAUGAACGAUAAGGAUGAAGAGUCGAAGAUGGUUAUGCCCGGUGACCGUGUCAAGAUGGUUGUGGAGCUUAUUGUGCCUGUUGCUUGUGAGCAGGGAAUGAGGUUUGCUAUUAGAGAAGGUGGGAAGACUGUUGGGGCUGGUGUUAUUCAGUCAAUCAUUGAGUGAUACUGGAAAACAAUGCACUUCUUUUUCUUUUUGAGUGGUGUCAAACUUUAUAUGCUCAAAUUAGUUUUCACCAUUUUAGCAACUUGAAUCCAAUGUCAUAUAUUUGCAGUUUUGUUCUUUUUGAUAUUCAAACUCAUCUCUAGUCUAGUCUGGUAAUAUUCUCCAAUGUGAAUUUCUUUUUCUGCAUUUGUUCAGCUGUUGAAGAUCCUUAGUUAGUUGGCAAGAA